CCUCCGCUUGCGCUCCUCGUCCUGUACCAGGGGGACUGACGGCCCCGACGACCUGAGCCAGUCAGGUGAAGACUGCCCAGCCCGUACAGACAUGGCACUGACUGUGGACGUAACAGGGCCUGCACCCUGGGGCUUCCGCAUCACUGGGGGCAGAGACUUCCACAUGCCCAUUGUGGUGUCCAAGGUGACUGAGCGAGGAAAAGCUGAAGCUGCUGACCUCCGACCUGGGGAUGUCAUUGUGGCCAUCAAUGGGGAGAAUGCAGGAAGCAUGCUUCAUGCUGAGGCCCAGAGUAAGAUCAAGCUGAGCCCAUCCCCUCUGCGGUUGCAGCUGGACAGGUCUCAGGCAUCUUCUCCUGGCCAAACCAAUGGUGGGAGUUCCCUGGAACUGGCUUCCUGUUUCCAGAACCCCAUGAGGACUAGAACUGACAGCCAGACCUCACUGAGAUCCUCUUACUCCAGCCCAGCUUCCCUCAGCCCUCCUCCAUCCCGAAGCUCUUUUUCCACUCCACCCCCUGCCAGCUCCCACACCCUGCCAGGAGAGGUGGUGAAUAGCAGCAGUUUCCAGAGCUUAUCAUAUUCCCCAGCUUCUGUCUAUUCGGAACACCUGAACUCUCGGGGCCAUCUUAGCAGCCAGCAGGCUGGGCUUGGUCGAGCUGGCGACUCUGCCGUCUGGGUGCUGCCGCCUUCCCCAGGGGGGUUCCGAGGCUCCCAAUCCUCCAGCCCCAAACGAUCCUCUAGCCCCAAACGCAGUGUGGACUUUGAAGGGGGAGGGCCUUACCUAGAGGAAGAUUCCGAGGUCUUCAAGAUGUUACAGGAGAAUCUGGAGGCUCGGACCGCCCCAAGGCAGUCGAGUUCCUUCAGGAUGCUGCAGGAGGCAUUGGAGGCAGAGGAGAAAGAUGGCACUUCUACUUACUUGCCCAGCUCACUGAGUCCACUGGCCUCCCGGCCAGCUGGUACUGCCCAGACCACACCACCCAGACUUCACAUCUGUGAGAAAUGCAACACCAACAUCACGAACCAGGCUGUACGGAUACAGGAUGGGCGGUAUCGACACCCUGGAUGCUAUACCUGCUUGGACUGUGGGCUAAACCUGAAGAUGCGGGGCCACUUCUGGGUGGGUGAUGAGUUGUAUUGUGAGAAACAUGCCAGACAGCGCUACGCAGCCCGCCAUGCCCUGAGCUCCCACUCCUGAAGGGCCCUCCUGGAUCUCUUUCCCCUCCCCUACUCCCACACCCAUGUCUGAGGAACUCUGUUGGGGGUCUUUGCCGAUGAGAAGCUUGUAUGGAAGAGGAGGUGGUGGGUAUCGGGAUCCUGGGAGCUCUUGGGGACUGAGUUUGGGCACCAUUUCAAGGGUUGGAAUAUUUCUCUUUUCUGCCAGGCCCUCUCUGUCUCCAGGUGUAGGCAGUAAGAGCAAGCUCUUAGGCCCCAUUUAGAGACUUAAAGGGUUGCUUUCCCUGACCAAGUGGGUCACGGGGUGAGGUGGGCUGUGCCCCAGAUACUGAGCUCUAGGUCAUGCAUAGGGUGAGGGUGGAGUGGAUUACAAUGCAAAGCAAAAAUGAUUUGCUUUGAAAGCCAUUGUAUGUAAAGAUAUGAAAAUAUAUA